GAUGGUUUCUGCUCAAGAGGUCCUGCCUUUGAGUCCUCGCCCCUCCACAGUUACUAUGACUUAACUGAGCUGGGUUGUCUUCUGGCCUCAGAGUAUCCCUUAUCAGAGCCUGGGGCCCUUGGGCCUCUUCACUCAGGACUUGGUGGACCAUAUCACACCCUCCUACACAGUGGCCACUGGCUUGCCUGGCUGAUUCAUUUGGGAGAGUCCUUGUAGACAUGGUUUUGUGUAAGUCUAAAGGCAUCAUGGAUGGUCAGGCUCAACUACUCUGUUUCCUACAAACUUUCCCCUUUGGGAUGGCAUCUCCCUCCAUCUUGAUUGCUUGUAGACCAAAACAUCAAAAACACACUUAAAGGGACCUUGUGUUUCCAAAAUGGCGGCAGCGAUGGAUGUGGAUACCCCGAGCGGCACCAACAGCGGCGCGGGCAAGAAGCGCUUUGAAGUGAAAAAGUGGAAUGCAGUAGCCCUCUGGGCCUGGGAUAUUGUGGUUGAUAACUGUGCCAUCUGCAGGAACCACAUUAUGGAUCUUUGCAUAGAAUGUCAAGCUAACCAGGCGUCUGCUACUUCUGAAGAGUGCACUGUUGUAUGGGGAGUCUGUAACCAUGCUUUUCACUUCCACUGCAUCUCUUGCUGGCUCAAAACAUGGCAGGUGUGUCUGCUGGACAACAGAGAGUGGAAAUUCCAAAAGUAUGGGCACUAGAAAGAGAAUUCUUCCGUCGAGCCCAACUGUUCUGUUAUUCAUUUAGUGACUUGCCCUCCUGUUACUUAAUUAUAAAUUAGAUAGAACUGUGUCGUUUCUGCUUUGUCUUCUCAGUUUGCUAUUCCUGCAGCCAUAUUGUAUUCUGUGUCAAAUAAAAUCCAGUUGGAUUCUAGAACAGA